GGGGAAUGAAUACUACCUAACAUCAUCAUCAUCAACAUAUCAACAUAUCAAACCUACUAAUUGAAAUAUCACCAUGAGCAGUACUCAGCCUCCCUACUAUUCUUCCACCUUCGGUGAACCCAACCAGAACCCCAGCGCAACUACUGCAACUGGGACCCAAGUUGGCAGCGGCAUCACCAGCACCGGUCAAGCAAAUACCGGCCCUGCGCGCACCACUGCCGGACCGCAUCAAUCUGAUCUCGCCAACAAGGCCGAUCCCCGCGUUGAUAGCGAUCUGAACAACCGCGCUCAGUACGCCCCUGGCGCGACAACCACCGGCAACGUACAUCCCCAGGCCACCCAGAACGUAUCGAACCCUCAAAGCUCCACCGCGGGCCCUCACAAGUCCUCCCUUCUCAAUAAGCUCGACCCCCGCGUCAACAGCAAGACGGGCGAGAUGUCUUCCAAGUCGACCAACGCAACCGGCUCUGGAGCCAUGCGUGAACCUACCGACACCACCGGCGGAGCCGCUUACCAGCAACCGAACCAAGCGGCUACCGCUGCCGGAGGCGCUGCCUCAAGCGCAGCUGGCUACAACACGGCCCCGGUCUCGGGAUCGCAAACCACCAGUGGAGUGGGAUAUCAACCGACGCAAUCAUCCGGUAGCACAUAUGGCACCCAAUCCAAGUCGGCAGCUGCCGGGGAAUCUGUUGGCAGCGGUGUGAAGUCGGCAGCUGCAGGAAUCCAUGGAGCGGGGGAGUCAUUGCGAGGCGGGCUCACAGCUGCGGUCGACAAGGCCUUUGGGCACGAAGAAGGGGCCGCCAAAAACUCGGCCAUUGCUCGAGAAGGGGAGCGAGAGAUUCAAUCGGGAAAUUUUAGCAGAACCCAGCGGUGAUUCUGAACACCAUGGUCUUUUUGGCAAUGGGAUGAACCCCGCCUUUAUUUUGUUAAUGAGAUACGAAUACGCCAUAUGCUAGUGCUUUUGUUAGUGUAAAUUAUGAAUAUGAUGUGUACCAUGACG